UGUGGAGUGUUAUAUGUUAUUUACUUCUUUGACGUUUAAUGUGACAAAUUCAUUGAAAAUAACAAUGGCGGGUUAAAUAUGUAUGAUGUGUUUGAGGAAAAACAGGGUUAAGUGAAAUGUUUUUCGUUUUAAAGUGUUUCAAUUUAUUUUACGAUCACAUUUCCAUAAUAAAAACAGCAUUAAAAAUGUACGCAUUUCGUAACAUACGCGCGGAGGCGGUAAGAACUAAACACGUAGUUUUAAGUAUUUUAUAAUCGCGUUUUAAUAUAUCAAAGUGUUUUAGAAUAAUUCGCCUUAAGGUAUCCCUUUGUAAUAACAUAGACAAACACACAUCACACCGCAUUAACGGGUGGGAUUGGGGACAUAGUUCUAUCCAGUUUCGUACAAAUAAAAAAACAUUCGUUCAGAUUAAAUACGGUGUCUUUCUUCAUAGACUAUAAAGAGACAAACAUUUUCACUGAACUGAAGAUUUAUUACGAUCAGUUCGGCGUAAUUCGAAUAAUCGUUUAUUGAUAGCGUUAUCUAUCAGUUAAGAGAUUUAAUCAAGGACUGUAAGACAACCUUUGGACGUAUCGGGGACCACAAGUGUUUAGUGUAAGAUAAAAUGUUCACGAAUAAUGGACAAGUAUUACAAAACGAAAUACCGAAGAUUUAUCUAUCAGAUGAGGAUCCGAAGUAUGAAAUACCUGGAAGUGUUAUGGAUGGGAUUAUUUUAGAUGUGAAUGAACCACAAUAUAAAGUGUCUAAGAUUAGAUGGUUAAUGCUAGGAUUUUUCGUAAUGUACUCGGCUUCGAAUGCGCUGCAAUGGACUCAGUAUACGAUAAUAUCUGAUAUAGUGGUAAACUACUAUGGUGUGACCGGCAAAGUUGUGUCUUGGACUUCAAUGGUCUAUAUGAUCGCGUAUGUGCCUUUGAUAUUUCCGGCGAGUUGGCUCUUGGAUAAAACAGGUCUCCGUGUGACAACGAUUAUCGGUUCGCUGGGAACAUGUGUGGGUGCCUGGAUGAAAGUGUUCUCUGUGCCACAAGAUAUGUUCUGGGUUGGUUUCACAGGCCAGACGAUAGUGGCCAUAUCACAGGUGUUCAUUUUGAAUGUACCACCUCGACUAGCUGCAGUUUGGUUUGGAGCCGACCAGGUUUCAUCUGCUUGCAGUAUAGGAGUUUUUGGAAAUCAGCUCGGUAUCGCCCUGGGUUUUCUGCUACCACCCAUCAUAGUCCGCGCUCAAGGUACAGUUGAGGAGAUUGGCGAAGACUUCAAAUUCAUGUUCUAUCUUGUAGCUGCUAUAACUACAGUUCUCUUGGUACUUAUUGUACUAUUUUUCAAAGCGGCUCCAGCAUCACCGCCUUCAGCAGCAGCUGAUCUUGGCGCGGCACUUGACUCCAACUUCCUACAGUCACUAAAGAAAUUGAUGACCAACCGAAACUAUAUAUUGUUGCUGAUCUCCUACGGUCUCAAUAUCGGAGUCUUCUACGCUAUUUCCACUCUGCUUAAUGAGUUGGUUUUGAGAUACUAUCCGGGUGCCAAUGCAGAUGCAGGAAGAAUAGGUCUAGUGAUAGUGGUGGCUGGUAUGGUGGGUUCGGUGGUAUGUGGCUACAUACUUGACAAGACACAUCGCUUCAAGGAGACGACACUGGCUGUAUACGCUGCCUCUGUUGUAGGAAUGAUAAUCUUCACGUUCACGCUGGACUGUGGACAAAUCGCUGUAGUAUAUUUCAGUAGUAUUAUUCUUGGUUUCUUCAUGACGGGUUACCUACCUGUUGGAUUCGAGUUUGCAUCGGAAGUGACAUAUCCUGAACCGGAAGGAACGACGUCGGGAAUUUUGAAUGCGUGUGUGCAGGUGUUUGGCAUAAUACUAACACUGCUAUUUGAGUGGAUGCUGGCUGAAGUUGGCGACCGUUGGGCUAACUUGACUUUGUGCGUUAUUUUGGCAGUUGGAACAGUCAUCACCGCAUGUAUUCGAUCUGACUUGAGACGUCAAGCCGCGCAAAAUAAGGCCUAAGUCGUCAGUAUUUUACAAUAAUCUCUAAGCUUGAACGUAUCGUUUAUUUGAUUAUGUAUACUAGAAAAGAUUGAAAGUUUUUGAAAGUAAUACGCGUGAAAUAUGCAUUUGUAUAAAAUGUUGAUACAGAUGUAACACUUGGGCGUGACAAAGUUAUUUUUGUGUAAAUUUAAAAUUCGAUUUCUUAAAUUUGAAAUUAGAUUGCAAAAGGUUACCUUAAUAUGCAGCAUUUCAGUUAAAAUUUACAAUAUGGAUAUGUAGAUUUAGACGAAGAUUAGGUUCUCCUUUUAAAACAAAAGCUGUCAAGAUAACCUUCAAAAUGUCGGUCUAUUUUAUAUUACAUACUAUAUCAGGACAAUAAUAGGGCCCAUUUUUUAAAUUUAUCCAACAGAAGGAACAAUACCAUGACAAAUAAUUCUACUUUUUUAUAUAAAGGAAAUAGCAAAUUUUAUUUUAAUUCUGUGAAAUUAAGUUGUAAUUUAGGCUAUUUAUCUACAACACAAAGUGUAUUAGUAAAGGGAAAUAAUAUUUACUGUACUUUAAUUAGAAAUGUGACAAAGUACGGUAUGGCACUGAGGGUAAGUUCAGUUCAGAGUCGAGACUCGCUGGUAUGUCAACCCAUAAUGCUUUCGGAGGUGAUCGCGGUCUCGAUUUUGAUUCUACUGUGCGUCUUUUAACAUAAUUUUAAAGUAAUUGUAGACAGCUCAGAUAUUGAUAGCAAACUUUAUAGUAUUUUUAGAAAAUCUUGGAUCUUCAAAUUUGAUUGUAAAUGUUUAUACUGUUGUACACAUCGAAAUAACAUUAAGUAUACUUACGCGUAACAUACAAUUCACGAUGACAAUAAACACGUGUCUAAGUAUACAAGAAAUGUAUUUUUCGAUUAAAAUUGAAUAUUUAGUAUUGUAGAAGUUAUAAUGGAUGUUAUACUAAAGAAAAUAACUAACCAAUUGUGACAAUUCGCGUACAGAUAUCAUUAUCAGCUUAUAAUAUUUAUUGUAUCUGUGGUUGAAUAGUGCGUAGUGUAAGAAGGAAUAAUUUAGAACCUGUUUAAUAAUAUUUACGGUAUCAUAUGCGUUCGCUGUGUAACGAUAAGUGUAUGUUAAGUAAUGAAUUGUUAAGACAAACGAUAAUUUAAUAUGUAUGUAUAUAUGUAUUGUUCUGAAUAUGAAACCAAACGUAGUUCGGCAAGAUGAAAUCUUUUAUUAUACUUAAAUUUCAUUUUAUAUUUAAAAAUCUAUAUAGUAGCUAAUCGUAUAGACCCUAAUUCCCUCUAGGGAUAUUUGUUUUGUUGGUCAACAGAUACUCUAUGUGGUACAUAUAUAUAUGAAAUAAUAUAUCGUCAUAUAAGUCUUGUUCACUUAGUAGAUAUGGUCUAUGAUCCGGCUGCAGGAUCAGUGAGUUUAUCUGUUAUUCGCUAAAAAUAUUUGUUUGUAUAUGUAUAAUUAGGACAACAUAUAUACCAAGUUGCCUAUUAAAAUUUGGCCGCUAAUAUUUUUAAUUGAUUUUUGGAAAAAAAUUCGUUCACUUGUUUUUUAAAUAAAAUAUAGUCUACAUCACGGCAAUUUACAUAAAGAUUUAACAAAAUCACGGUUACUGUUACGCAUCAGGCCGCAUCUCUUCGCAGCCAGGUGUACAUUUAUAUGGUAUAUCAAAUUUAAGCUUUUUUUCAAUUAAUUAUCAUAUAUGGUUGCCUAAUAAUUUCUGGCUGCUAAAAAUGAUAAAUAUUUAAGGUAGAGUGAAAGAGAAUUAACGCGUAACACCAUUGGUCCGACGAGAAUAACGAUGCCGGCUGCGCGACACUUUUAAACCAUUACGCAUGCGUUGAAUGAAAAAUUUUGAUAGGCAACUUGGUAGAUAUAUAUUGUUAUAAUUAUAAAUAUACAUAAAAAUUUGGUUUUUAGCAAAUAACAGAUGAACGCACUGACCCUGCAGCCAGUGUAAUAUGUAUAGAAAUUAAUAAACAGGCUUAAAUUCGGCCUGCAUGAAUGUUUAGUGUUAUUAUUAAAUCUUUCGAGCGUACUCCUUACAUAUAAUAAUAAUAAAAUAAAACAGUAUUUGGUCAUGUAAAAAAUGUAUAACUAUAAGUUACAUAUCAAAUGACUUUCAGUUUCCCGGUCAUUUGAGAGGGAAGGCAAAAUAAGCCGCAAAGAAGCUUAGUUUACCCUGCUGAGUACGCAGGACUAGAAGGUACUUCACUCCGGCUUGCAACUCUAUAAAGCGCAACUUCAGCCCCACAUGGAGUACUGUUCUUACCUCUGGGCGGAAGCUCCCCAGUACCAGCUCCUUCCGCUUGAUCGUAUUAAACGA